CCGCCGUGGGGGCACCUGGGAGGAGGCGGAGAACAAUAUGGCGGAUGGUGAGGAGCCGGAGAAGAAAAGAAGGAGAAUAGAGGAGCUGCUGGCUGAGAAAAUGGCUGUUGAUGGUGGGUGUGGGGACACUGGAGACUGGGAAGGUCGCUGGAACCAUGUAAAGAAGUUCCUCGAGCGAUCUGGACCCUUCACACACCCUGAUUUCGAACCGAGCACUGAAUCUCUUCAGUUUUUGUUAGAUACAUGUAAAGUUCUAGUGAUUGGAGCUGGCGGCUUAGGAUGUGAGCUCCUGAAAAAUCUGGCAUUGUCUGGUUUCAGACAGAUUCAUGUCAUAGACAUGGAUACUAUAGAUGUUUCUAAUCUCAAUAGACAGUUUUUAUUUAGGUCUAAAGAUGUCGGAAGACCUAAAGCUGAAGUUGCUGCAGAAUUUUUAAAUGACAGAAUUCCCAAUUGCAAUGUAGUUCCACAUUUCAACAAGAUUCAGGAUUUUAAUGACACUUUCUAUCGACAAUUUCAUAUAAUUGUAUGUGGACUGGACUCUAUCAUAGCCAGAAGAUGGAUAAACGGCAUGCUGAUAUCCCUUCUAAAUUAUGAAGAUGGUGUUUUAGAUCCAAGCUCCAUUGUCCCUUUGAUAGAUGGGGGGACAGAAGGUUUUAAAGGAAAUGCCCGAGUAAUUCUACCUGGAAUGACUGCUUGUAUUGAAUGCACACUGGAACUGUAUCCACCACAGGUUAAUUUUCCCAUGUGCACUAUUGCAUCUAUGCCCCGGCUACCAGAACACUGUAUUGAGUAUGUAAGGAUAUUGCAGUGGCCUAAGGAGCAGCCUUUUGGAGAAGGGGUUCAGUUAGAUGGAGAUGAUCCUGAUCAUAUUCAGUGGAUUUUUCAAAAAUCCCUGGAGAGAGCAUCGCAAUAUAAUAUUAGGGGUGUUACAUAUAGACUCACUCAAGGGGUAGUAAAACGAAUCAUUCCUGCAGUCGCUUCCACAAAUGCAGUCAUUGCAGCUGUGUGUGCCACUGAGGUUUUCAAAAUAGCCACAAGUGCAUAUAUUCCUCUUAAUAACUACUUGGUAUUCAGUGACGUAGAUGGACUGUAUACAUAUACAUUUGAAGCAGAGAGAAAGGAAAACUGUCCAGCUUGUAGCCAACUUCCUCAGAAUAUUCAGUUUUCUCCAUCAGCUAAACUACAGGAAGUUUUGGAUUAUCUAACUAAUAGUGCUUCUCUGCAGAUGAAAUCUCCAGCCAUCACAGCCACGUUAGAGGGAAAAAAUAGAACACUUUACUUACAGUCAGUAACCUCUAUUGAGGAACGAACAAGGCCAAAUCUCUCCAAGACAUUGAAAGAAUUGGGACUCGUUGAUGGACAGGAACUGGCAGUUGCUGAUGUCACUACACCACAGACUGUACUAUUCAAGCUUCAUUUUACUUCUUAAGGAAAAUAAAUUUACACAUAUUAGAACACACAGAUAAACUUCAUGGAUGCUGAGAAAUUUAAUUGGUGUCAUUUUUAGUAUUAGUGUUGCUAGGAUUUGACUUUUUUUUAUAUAUAUAUAUAAUGAGCCACUCUUUUUUAAUUUUAUAACUAUCCCUCAAAGACAGAAUUUUUGGGAUUGGUUACUGUAAACAUUUUGUUAAAAUGGGAAAUGAUGCCUGGAGAGAGAGAUUAUGAGGAAAUUUAUUGCUUCUUUUAAAGGAGGAGGCAAAUACCCUCUGUUGUGUGCAUUUUGUGUUAUGGAAAAAUACAUUCCUCAGUUUUCAUUUGAGCACCCACAUAUACAAAGGUGUUCCUUUAAAGAAAAUAACAUUAAUUUUUAAAUAACACAAAAUAUUACAACCUGACAUCUAGAGCAUAUUGAAUAUGGGCUACUUCUACUUGAUUUAAUAUUCCUUUAAUUCAUUUAUCUAUCCAAUUGAAUAUUAAUUAUUGCAAAGGUUACCUUGUCCAUAAUAAUUUGUAAAUGGUGAUGUAGCUAGCUGAAAACCUGUGCAUGGAAAUGAGAAAUAUUUUCAUCUGUUUACUUGCAGUGCCAUAGAGCCCGAUAUGUACAACAUUAAAAGACAUGUAUGUUUAAAAGAAUUUAAUGUUUAAACAGUUAUCACUGAUGCUUUCGCACUAUUUAUUAAUAAAAUCAUAUAUUAUCUACUUUUCUCAAUGAAAAUUUUAAAUGUAUUAAGGAUUAUAAAUAGCUCCCUGUAAUAUAGGUAAAAAUGUGUAGUAGAGUAAUAUACAAAUUUUUAUGGCACCUGAAUUAAUAUUUUGCCACAGUACCAAUUUAAUCUGAUUUAAUAUAAUGAAAUGGAUUUAACAGUAUUCCUCUUCCUUAAUGUCUUCCCUCCCCCUAAAAACUAAGGCUUAAAACAGAAUGUGUGGUACAUAUUCUCUGUUUUUUACUUACCUGGCAAUUUUCUAUUUAAAAGCUUUUUGAUUACUCAGUUACAUAUUCAUUUAUCCUUUCAAGCUUUAUAUUGACAAAUUGUUUCAUUAUAAAAUCAUGGCAUAAAUUUAUAUGCUUUACUUAUAAGUUACAGAUUUUGUUUAAACUAUUGUACAUCGAAGAACCAAUACUUAGUCCCUCCUUUACUUAGGUACUUACAAUACUUUUGAAAUAGCCUUUGGAGAAGGUGACAUUAUCCUGAAGAGCUUAACAAAUAGUUUUAGAAAGUUUAGGUUAUUUGCCCAAAACUGGGCAUAGAAGUCUUGGAAAAGGGAUUCCAACCCUAAUCUACCUCAAACCUCAGACUACUUAGCUGUUUGAAGUUACUGAGUUAGGUGCUAGUGUAGAGUAUUAAAUUCUAAGAGUGUUAACAUGUAAAUUUUUACUGACUAGAUAAAAAUUGAAGAUGAUAACUUACCAAGGACAGUUUAAAUCUGAUUAUUUUCAAAGAAAAAUAAUUCCUUUAUGGUAUUGUUCUUUGCAGUGGGUAAAGUACUCAAAAGGGAUUAGGCAAGUAAGGCAAAUAAUCACAGCAGGGAGGGUUAAUAAGAGGAUGUAAUAAGACUAGUGGGAUCUUCGGCAAACUAGAGUGAAAAUUGUCAAAAUGGGCAACCCACUGCAGCUGACUCUUCCAUGUUGAUAGCCAUAUUUUUCAAAAUUAGAUGGAAAUCUGGGUAUCUGUAUGAAAUCUGACUUUGGAAGAAUUUUUUUAACAUGGAGAUGAAAUCAAUCUUAGCUGCAGAUUACAUUAGAAAAACACCAAAUUGGCUUCUUGCAGCCAGUAUCUGAAGACUCCAUACAGGAAAAAGUUAGAUUUUAAAUAAUGCCUAUUAACAGUAAUAGCUUCAGUGCUCCGGUUGGUUUUGGUAGGGGAGGGUCGGGGAGAAGGGCGGUAAAAUUGUUUUCUGUAUUCUUGUUCUAACUUAAAAUUUGAAGAGUUUUUUUAAAUCCAUCAAAUGGGCUGAUGAGGUCUGUAUACAAUAACCAGGAUUCUGAGACAAACAAAGCCAGAGUUCCUCAAUGCCAAUUAACACAACUGAUAAUUUGAGACGAAGUCAUAAAAAAUGGUGGACCCUGGGGCUUCCCUGGUGGCAAAAUGGGUUAAGCACCGCACUAUGAAGCAACACUCAGCUUCUAAGGCCUAAGUGUGAUCCCCGGCCCUCCAGGGAGCAACCCACAUGGCGGGACAGACCUCCCCUGUCACGCCUGCUGCUCCCCUCAGCAGUGUGCUUCGGUCAGUCUGCCUGUUGCGUUUCCCCGCUCUGUCUCUGGUGAAUCCUCUCACCUCCCCACACCUCUGGCCUGUACCCCAGCUCUUGUAUGCAUAAAUAAACCUUUUUAAAAAAGGUAA